AACCCACUUCACUACUCCAUGUGAUCUCCUGUCUUUCUCUUUCCUUCACUCUCUUCCAAACCAUGGAACCAAAAAAAAUCAACCUUUUCCUCAUUUCCUUCAUCUCCCUCCUUUCUCAUUCUCUCUCCUCUUCCCUUCAACACCAAACUCUUACCCUCAAUUCUCUCCCUAAACCAUCCUCUCUUCAUCCAGACCAACAAUGGGUCCAAACAACCCAAACACUUGAAGAACUUGAGCUUUCAACUUCAAUCGAUUCCACCUUCACACUACAUCUAGAGCAUUUAGAUGCUCUAUCGUCGCACUUGACCCCGGAAGAGCUAUUCUCUUUCAGGCUCAAGCGCGACGAUGCCCGAGCGAAGACUAUCUUCGCUCGGGCACAUAGUAGCUCGCGUUCCGCCCAUAAACAUGGGCGGAACGCGAGCCACUCUACCCGAGACUUUAGUAGCUCUAUAGUCUCGGGUUUAUCCCAAGGUAGUGGGGAGUACUUUACACGCCUCGGCGUUGGUACUCCCCCGAAGUACAUGUACAUGGUACUUGAUACUGGAAGUGACAUUGUAUGGAUACAAUGUACACCUUGUAAAAAAUGUUAUGAUCAAACAGACCGUAUGUUUAACCCGGUUAAAUCCGGUUCAUACCGGUCUAUUCCAUGCCGGUCUAAAAUAUGUCAGCGGUUAGACCAACCUGGGUGUACACUACGUGGCAAUAAAUGCGCGUACCAGGUGUCGUAUGGUGAUGGGUCGUUUACUAUGGGAGAGUUUGCUUCUGAAACGAUGACGUUUCGUAGAGUUAGAGUUCCAAACGUUGCGCUUGGGUGUGGUCAUGAUAAUGAAGGUUUAUUUGUUGGUGCGGCCGGUUUACUCGGUUUAGGCCGGGGUAAAUUAUCUUUUCCUACCCAAACCGGAAACCGGUUCGGGAGAAAAUUUUCGUAUUGUUUAGUAGAUAGAUCAGCUUCGAGUAAACCGUCAUCGGUUGUUUUCGGUUCAUCAGCAGUCUCCCGAACCGCGGUUUUUACACCGCUAAUUAGUAACCCGAAAUUAGAUACUUUUUAUUACGUGGAAUUAGUUGGGAUUAGUGUGGGUGGGUCCCGUGUUCCUGGUAUUACGGGGGAACUUUUUAAGAUUGACCGUACGGGUAAUGGAGGUGUUAUUGUUGACUCGGGUACUUCCGUGACCCGGUUGACCCGACCCGCUUAUAUGGCAUUGAGAGAUGCCUUUCGGGCCGGGGCUACCUCGCUUAAGUCGGCUCCUGGGUUUUCGUUGUUCGACACGUGUUACGACUUAUCGGGUAAGACCGAGGUUCGGGUGCCUACGGUGGUUAUGCAUUAUAACGGGGCGGAUGUAGCAUUACCCGCUAACAAUUACUUGAUCCCGGUUGAUACUUCGGGUCGGUUUUGCUUCGCUUUUGCCGGGACAAUGAGCGGGUUGUCCAUUAUUGGGAAUAUUCAACAACAAGGAUUCCGGGUUUUGUUUGAUAUUGCUAGUAAUCGGGUCGGGUUUUCACCCAAUGCUUGUACUUAAAUUUGAUUUUAUUAUAAUAUAAGUAAUUUUUCUUUUGUAA